UCCGCCGGAACCCUGGAAAAGUCAAGCUUUGAAGUUUUGCGGUGGGCUGUGCCGCGCGCUCCUUCUCGUCUCCGGGGCCCAAGUUUAGGUUUUCACGCGCAACUCUCGCGAGGCCCUGAGAGCCCCACGCCGACUCUCCGCAUUCCAAUUCCGGCAGCGAAUUACUGCAGAACCUGUUUCCUCCCCCCCUUCCCCGGGCCCCCUCCACCGCCCUGACCAUGGCCCAGAAGCCGAAGGUGGACCCCCACGUCGGUCGCCUGGGUUACCUGCAGGCGCUGGUCACGGAAUUCCAGGAGACGGAGAGCCAAGACGCCAAGGAGCAAGUGCUGGCCAACCUCGCCAACUUCGCCUACGAUCCCGGUAACUACGAGUAUCUGCGGCAGCUGCAGGUCCUCGAUUUAUUCCUCGAUUCGCUGUCGGAGGAGAAUGAAACCCUGGUGGAGUUUGCUAUUGGAGGCCUUUGCAACCUGUGCCCAGACAGUGCCAACAAGGAGCACAUCCUGCAGACAGGGGGCAUCCCACUCAUCAUCAACUGCCUGUCCAGCCCCAAUGAGGAGACUGUGUUAUCCGCUGUCACCACGAUCAUGUAUCUGAGCUCGCCAGGCUCUGGCUCCCACCCUGACCUGACUGCUAUGCCCGUCGUCCAGUGCAUGCUGCGCUUCUCUCUCUCGGCCAACACAAGGCUCCGGAACCUGGCCCAGAUCUUCCUGGAAGACUUCUGUUCCCCAAGCCAAGUGGCAGAAGCCCGCACCUGGCGGGCUCACUCUGCCUUGGGUAUCCCACUGCCAAGAACUGAGGCCCCACAGCAGCCCUGAUCCAGGGGGACCUCAUAGUCAUGACCCCCUGACUGCUUAGAGAGGAGACCACAAUCCUAGUGGAGGCUCAGGAAGCAGGAGCAGCCUGGCUCCCACUGAGCACGUUCUCUCCAAAUGGUGCCCUUUUGGCUAUUUUUUUUUUUUUUAAGAUUUUAUUUAUUUAUUCAUGAAAGACAGAGAGGGGCAGGCUCCAUUCAGGGAGCCUGACGUGGGACUCGAUCCCAGGUCUCCAGGAUCAGGCCCUGGGCUAAAGGCAGCGCUAAACCACUGUGCCACCGGGGCUGCUCCUCUUUUGGCUAUUUUAAAGGUGAGUUUUCUCAGCACGGCAGAUAUUUACACUGUGGUGAGAGGCACUGAUGAAAGAGGAAGCCAGACUUGGAGAUGUGCAGGAGAGCAAAGGCAAUGCCGUUUCCAUAGGCUGGCACUCUCAUCCAGCUGGAGGUCAAGGUCCUGCCUCCCGCCCCUCAGCUCCGUCCUGGUGCCCCACUGCCAGGCUCUCAACUUCAUGUGAGAAGCAUCUGGGACUCUAGAUUCAGAGGCUUGCAGAAAGGCCUUCUCAUGAGGAGCUGGGCCUGGGAUCAGAAUUGCUUGUGCUUGAGGAAACAGGAAUUCUCCUAUAAUAGGAAUAUCUGAAGUAAUCUUGAGGAAUAGAAAUGAGAUGCCAGCUCAGGGCUCUGGGAAGGUGCCAUGGCCACUCCAGGGCUGUGCAGGCUGGGCACUGGGUAUGGUUGACACCAGCCUAGAGAACUCUGGCCUGGGAUCAAAGUGUUUAUCCACAGAGGCCUGUCAGGCACCAUGGGUUUCAAAGAUGAAGAUGUGGUCCUUACUCUUUUUUGUUUUGUUUUGUUUUUAAGUGAAAGUGGGAGGAGGAGCAGAGGGAGAGGGACAAUCAGACUCCACACCCAGGGCAGAGCCUGACAUGGGGCCCUAUCCUAUGACCCUGAGAAAACCACCUGAGCCAAAACCAAGAGUCAGAUGCCCAACGAACUGAGCUACCCUGGCGCCCCUACUCUAGGGAUGCAGCCCAUUGAUAGUGAAGGUAGGCCUCAGGCAUUAAGACCACCACCAUGAGGAUGAGGUCAUGUAUGUAUGCUUCCCUCACCACCCCAUGGCCCCAGCCUGAAAGUCCUGGUCCCCCUCCUCUGCCAUCAGGAUUGGGUUAGUGAGGGGGAGUCCCUGCCCCUGGAAAGGAGUCUCAGACUCAGAAGGGCUUCAAGAAUGCCAGUGGUGCUCAAAGGAGACAGAGGACCAGAUACCAACAGAAGCAUGUGGUUUGGAGUCCACAGUGUACAUUGGUCAGCACAGGGGAAUGGUGUGGGGCCCCCAUUGAAAGUUGGGGUUCAGGAGCAGUGGGGAGCUUCCUGGCCUCCCUUCUGCACUGCCUCAAGGUUGACCUCUACCAUGGCGUCCAGGUGGUUGUGGACAUGGGCAGGUUCUGGAGCCACUAAGGACGGGAGGAGAAAGCCUCCUAUCAGCCUGUAUUCAGCUACUCCCCCAGGGCUCUUGUCCCUUUACUCUCCCCCCAAAUAAAGGGCCUUUGAAGA